AUGCUAAGGAACCGAAAUCCGGAGAAGCAGAAGAGAGAAGUGAUUGCCGCCCGCUCCGCGGCACAGCUCGGGGGGGCCGGGCCGCUGGGCGGGUUCCGUGUCAGGGCGCUCGGAGUGUCUGAUGGAUUUCUUUUUUUUUCCCUUGAUGAUCUAGGAGUGGGUUUUGCAACACGGCAGGUGGGGAAUGUGACUAAACCCACUGUGAUUAUCAGCACCGAGGGGGACAAAGUAGUGAUCAGGACUCAAAGCACUUUCAAAAACACAGAAAUCAGCUUUAAACUUGGAGAGGAAUUUGAUGAAACUACCCCCGAUGACAGAAACUGCAAAUCAGUUGUGACCCUGGAUGGAGACAAGCUAGUGCAUGUACAGAAAUGGGACGGGAAAGAGACAAACUUUGUGAGAGAAAUCAAGGAUGGAAAAAUGGUAAUGACUCUCACCUUUGGUGAUGUGGUUGCUGUUCGCCAUUAUGAGAAAGCGUAGAGUUUACCUGACCUCUGUCCAGAUGUUACUUCUGCUGGAUGGAUUAACAUACUGUCCAUAAUCGAACGUAGCUAAAAUGCACAUUUCUGGCAUGAAAGGUUAAUAAAGAGUUUGAGGGAGGUGUGGGGUUUUUUUUUAAAAAAGAACAACUUUAUGCCAUCAAAUUGGCAAGCUUGUGCUGUAUAGUGAAAUAGGUUAAACUUGGCAUUAAAUUUCUGAAACACUUGCCUUGCCUUUUUUUUUUAACAGUAAAUGGAACAUAUUUGAAUUGUUUUUGAAUGCUGAUGAAACAGAAAUUAAAAACUUUUUUAAACCUGUG